AUGUCCACCGACGGCGAGUCUGACGAAUCUUGGCCGCUCUUGGCUGACGAAGGGAGGAAACGGAUAGCGCGAUAUCAGCCCCAGAAUCGAGCUUACGAUGAGAUGGUGAAACCUUCCUUGUGUGCUUUCAUCGACUGGUUACCAGAAGGCGGCCGGGAAUCUAUUGCGAGGGAUUGUAUAAAAGCCACUACAGACGAUGAUCUGUACCAGGUCUUUAAAAAUCUCUUCACAGGCCUUGCAAUUCCGAUGAAAACUCGGUCUAAACUACCAUCUGUUACAGACUCCCCCGAUCCAAACCGGCAGAAUAACGUUGAAGUUAUAGCCGGAAUACUUGAUCAGUUUAAUACUCGUGGUCAGGACUUCCACCACGGUUGUCUCCGACGUGAUAGUUAUAAAUGCGUUAUCACUGGUGAAAUGGAUACGAAACACUGGGAGAGCCUUGGGUGUCCUGAGGGUAUUGAUUUCGCUCCUACAGAAGGAGCCCAUAUCAUUCCCUUCACAUACGCUUCUUGGGAUACUUCAACAGGCCGUGCUAAAGCUUGGGAAGUGCUCUAUCGGUGCUUUCCCGGAUCUGUCCACGAUCAAUUUGGACCAUUCAAUAUCGUUCUACAGCCUACUAAUUUGAUGAACAAAUAUGAAGUAAAGUACUUCUACAAAUACCCACCAUCGGACAGAAGACUACUCCCGGAGACCAUUGAGUUGAAGAAAGCGAAAGAUACCGAACAGCUCGCCCUCCCUAACCGCGCACUCCUAGACUGCCAUUACCGACUAGCAGAGAUUCUCAAUGCGUCAGGACUGGGGGAGAUCAUCGAGCGACAUGCUGACAGAUGGAAGAAUCUUAAAGUCAGUACUUACAAUGCGGUGAUUAGAGAGGACGGGGGCACAAAUAUUGGAGAAUUUCUAGACGCCGGCCUGUGGCAAUAUAUUAUUGCGCAGCGGAACGAAGCGUAG